GGUGGAACUUCACUCACUCACAGGGUUGUCAGAUGGGGGUGAGGGUAAAGUUUACACGGGUUCCAGGACAUGUAGGGGUGAAGGGGAAUGAAAUUGUAGAUUGGGAAAAUAAGCCAGUAAACGGGAAUCUAUUAGCAAUUUCCAUAAGUAAAGCAGAAGCUAAAGUGCAAAUGGUCAAAAACUAAUAAGAAGUGGCAGGUAUGUUGGGAUGCGGAGGAGAAAGGGAGACGAUAUAGCAUUCAACAGAAGGUUGGGACAGGUAGGGUCACUGGAAGGAAACGAAUGAAAUAAAUUAUGUUUAGUACGGUAAGAAUUGGACACUGGGUUAAAUAAGUACAUAGGUCUACAUAUUAUGGGUAAGCAUAUAUCAGGAAGGUGUGAAUUUUGUGAUAGUAUUGAGUCUGAGGAACAUGUGGCGUUUGAGUGUUAGAACUAUGAGAGGGAAAGGAUAAAGAUGAAAGAGGGCAAAAGAGGGUUUCAAGGGAAUGCACUUAGGAACUUAGGCUACUGGGUACGUCAUUAAAUGACAUUAGUACACUUUUAUUUAGAUUAUUAAAGCAUACAGGAGUGGCAGAAAGGAUUUAUUUGGAUUUUUGUUUAAAUUAAUUAUCUCCGGCCAACACUCCAGUACAAUAGGUGGCGGUAAUGCACCAUUAAAGUUGGAUGCCAACCGCCGUUAAACAAUGAAGAAGACGACCGAAUUCUAAAACACGAAGAAGAAGAAGCGGUACUGUGUUUGACAGUUUCCAAGGAGACCGCCAGUACUACUCAGUGCUCGGCUGCUGGUCAGUGCCGAGGGUCAAAGACCGUCAAGAUGUCAUUUUUAUUCGACUGGAUCUACAGGGGAUUUAGUAGUGUUUUACAGUUCUUGGGUCUGUACAAAAAAACUGGGAAGCUGGUUUUCCUGGGCCUGGACAAUGCUGGUAAAACAACACUCCUACACAUGUUAAAAGAUGACCGACUUGGCCAGCACGUGCCAACGCUGCAUCCAACUUCUGAAGAGCUGACAAUUGGCGGCAUGACAUUUACUACAUUUGAUCUAGGAGGACAUGUACAAGCUCGAAGAGUGUGGAAGAACUACCUGCCCGCUGUGAAUGGAGUUGUCUUUCUUGUAGACUGCGCAGAUCACGACAGGCUCACAGAAUCCAAGACUGAGCUCGAUGCUCUCCUAGGAGACGAGACCAUAGUCAAUGUACCAGUGUUGGUGUUGGGUAAUAAAAUUGACCGACCUGAGGCCAUCAGUGAAGGAGGACUGAGGGGAGCUUUUGCUCUUGAUGGUCAAGUUACCGGAAAGGGAAAUGUCUCUAUGAAGGAGCUGAAUGUCCGACCCCUGGAGAUUUUCAUGUGCAGCGUGUUGAAAAAACAAGGCUAUGGGGAAGGUUUCAGAUGGUUAUCACAGUACAUCGACUGACACGCAGCACUGACGCUUAACCAGAAAGGAGAUUUCUUGACACAUUUUCAUGAAGCACGAUAAAGACUUUGUGUCGUGGCCAUUGUCAAUCAGCCCAAAUUUCAAACAGUAUUAUUAAGAGCAUAUUCUUUUUAAUACUUAAAGCAUUUAUUCAGGAUUUAAAGGUUUCUAUGCAAACUUUUAAAAGUGGUUCAUGGUGAACUGUCCUGCGUGCGUGCGUGUGUGUGUGUGUGAAUGUGAGAGUCAACUGAGAUGUAACAUGAGCAGUUAUACAUUAUGCAAGAAUGUAGUUAUGUAUACAGCAAUGUUGCUUUAGACCAACUGCUCUAGUCUGAAUUUAUUAGGAACAGAGUGAUGAAAAUAAGGCUGAUGAGGUGGUGAUUGUGGUGGUUAGUUUAAUGCUUGUCAGACGUCGGAUUAAGAUGGCAGAUUUUAGAUUUUAAAAUUGGACACAUAACUAAAUACAGAAGAUUAAUUUUAGUUGACUUAAUCUAAUGCUACGCAGCCACUGCCUUCAAAGCAUAUAGCCAAAGAUGUAUGCUAAUUACUUUGGGAUUAUCAAGGAGAUAGAUUGGACUUCAACAAAAGAUAUCUUCCAUGUUGAGCUCUGAGCCAAAAUAACGUCAAAUCCCCUUUUAGAAACCAAAAAAAAGGAAGAAAAGACGACACGUCCCACAAAUAAAGGCAAAGAUGGUGGAGUAAACUGAGUCAAAUUGAACCCGCUCACUGAUGAGUGUACUGUGAAUAUCAGCGUCUUCAUUGAAUUGGCUUGUUUAUGUGCAGUUGCAUCUUCUCUAAUCUGUGAUGUUACAUGUUACAUUGAAGGCAGCUAAUUUGAAGUGUGUUAGGUGGACUGAAAUAGGUUCUCAUUAUCCUUGGGGUGUUCAGUACAGAGCUCAAAGAUAAAAUGUUUAUACAGAACCUUUAUUACUUUCAAUAGCUGCCCUUGUUAUAUUACAUCAUAAAGGCUGUAAUAUUGCAUUGCACUUAAAAUGUCCAGAAACGGUAAAGUAGAAUGACCAACUGUGAUGUAGCAGAGUCAAUCUUACUCCCCUGUACUUGAGAGUAGGAAAGAAUAUACACUCAACAAAAUUAUAAACACGACACUUUAGUUUCUGUCAAAAUCUGUGUUAGUGAGCACCUCACAGGUGUGGCAUAUCAAGAUGCUUACAGACAGCAUGGGUAUUGCACAGGUGUGCCUUAGGCUGGCCACAAUAUAAGGCCAUUCGAAAAAGUGUUAGAUUAUCUCAGCAAAGGAGAAGUGCUCACUAACACAGAUUUUGACAGAUUUGUGAACAAUAUUUGAGAGAAAUGGGUAUUUUGUGUACAUGGAGAAAGUCUUAGAUCUUUGAGUUCAGCUCAUGAUGAAUGGGGGCAAAAACAAAAGUGUUGCGUUUAUAAUUUUUUUCUCAGUGUAUAUAGUUCUGUGCCAGUUUCGUCCGUGUAUUAUUUGUUCUUUUCAUAUUCAAUUGGGAAUCCAAAAUUAGAAAAUUAGAGAACUCAUUUAUUCUAUAAAUUUUACGUAUCAAACACAAAAAACUAAUAACAGCUUGCUUUUGUACUUUUAUUUUAAGUCCAUAAUAGGAAGAAAAAAAAAAAAAAACGGGCCACUGACCGAAUUUGAUUUUGAUAUUUAAUGUGUCCGAUUUGUGUAACCAGGAAGUUACUGACUUCUUUAAUAAAUAAACUUGCAGUAAAAGGGCCAAUGGUAGUACCCUAUAAUGAACAUGAGCUUGAACGUCAACAUAAGUUGGAUAAUAUUUUGGAAAAUAAAAAAACGAGGCUCAGUUUGCAGCAAUGGGAACGCUUCCAACAUUCUUGAGCAUCAUCCGGUUUUUAAGAUUUCUUCAGUAUCAGAGCAAUUCAUUGAUGGUUGGUAGUACAUCCAAUGGUACACAGCAAAAAAUUUAAUAUAAUAUGUAAUAUAAUGUAACCAUAAUAUAAAACAGGGCUCACAUUGCUGCCCACCAUCUAACUCACUGUAUGGAUGCCCACAUUAUACUUCCUGUUUCUUAUAAAAGUUCAUCUGUUCACACAAGUGGAGACUUUUAAUGUGACAUUUUUCAAGAUAUGUUGGUCAAAAAAACUAAACAAACAAACACUUGAUGUUCAAGGUCAUAUUCAUUAGCCUACAUUAAAUCAGGUAGCGCCAUCGCCCAAGUGUUUUUGCUGCAACACACGACUUGAGCAUAAAAUUAAAGUAGAAAAAUGAAUUAUUUUGGAAUCAUAAAAUAAUAAUGACAUAAUGAAUAGUUUUUUCAUUUUCCGAUUUUGAAUGCCCAAUUGAAUAUGAAAAGAACAAAUGAUAAAAAUGUAUUUUUUAUUUAUUUAUUCCUUUUGUCCUAGAGCCUGAGCAAUAUAUGGGCAUAUAAUCAGCAUGUAGUCUGUGCAACAGGGUUUAAGUGCUUCAGGUAAUGUACUUUUUGACUAUCUGAAAAGAUAUGAAAGUGCACUUGCAAACAGUCCAUGCAUGCAAACAUGAAUACAUUUUUAAAAUGACCUGUAAACAAGUAUCCUCAUUCUGAGAAGCAGGAAAUGGAUCACGGGGAACAGAAACAUGUGUCCAUUGUAACCCAUUCACUGUUUCCUGCAUCCCAUGUUUACAGGGUAACAUUUUGAAUAUUCUGUUUAAUAUAUGUAGGGGUAUUUUAGUGUUUUGAAAUAUAGCAUGCAUGUAAACAAGCUGCUUUUCCUUUGAACAGUGUUCUGUACCAGUCGCUGAACUGCUGUAAAUUAUGUAUAAUACAGAUUUAAAUGUUUGUACAGUAAAUGCCCUUUAGCUGACAUUAUGAAGUACUGGAAUUAUUUAUAACGUCUUUAACUUGAAAUAAUAAAUAAUUUGCAUCAAAACUUGAAUGACAGCAUCCACACAUAUAGAUUGAUCUAUUUGAUGAAUGGUUCAAAUGUUGUAAUAAAACCAUUUUUUGUUUUGA